GCCCGCCCGUUGCCUGCGACCACCGCUCGCGCGCGCCUCCCUCUCCAAGAACUGGUUCAAGAAAGCGCUGCGGGAAGAAGCCGUCCGUUGUGCCGAAUUCGCCAGCAGGGGCGGGUCCGCUGCCUGCCCUGCGGUGCCGCCUCGGCCGCCCUGCCCUUCGCGACGACCCCUGACCAGCCGGGGUCACGGCCGGAGACGCGACCAUGAAGCGCUCCGUAGCCGCCUGGCUCCUGGUUGGCCUCAGCCUCGGCGUCCCCCAGCUCGGCAGAGGUGACGUCUGUGACCCCAGUCCCUGUGAAAAUGGCGGCAUCUGUUUAUCGGACUUGGCUGGCGACUCCUAUUCCUGCGAGUGUCCCGACGGCUUCACAGACCCCAACUGCUCCAGCGUUGUGGAGGUUGCAUCAGAUGAAGAAGAGCCAACUUCAGCAGGUCCCUGCAUCCCUAACCCGUGCCAUAACGGAGGAACCUGUGAGAUAAGCGAAGCCUACAGAGGGGACACGUUCAUAGGCUACGUCUGCAAGUGUCCUGGGGGAUUCAAUGGGAUCCACUGCCAGCACAACAUAAAUGAGUGUGAAGCUGAACCUUGCAAAAAUGGUGGAAUAUGCACAGACCUUGUGGCCAACUACUCCUGCGAGUGUCCGGGUGAAUUUAUGGGAAGAAACUGCCAAUAUAAAUGCUCGGGCCCAUUGGGAAUCGAAGGUGGAAUCAUAUCGAAUCAGCAAAUUACAGCCUCGUCUACUCACCGGGCCCUUUUCGGACUUCAGAAAUGGUAUCCCUACUAUGCACGUCUUAACAAGAAGGGGCUGAUAAACGCGUGGACAGCUGCAGAAAACGACAGGUGGCCGUGGAUCCAGAUAAAUUUGCAAAGAAAAAUGAGAGUUACCGGUGUGAUUACCCAAGGAGCCAAGAGGAUCGGAAGCCCGGAGUACAUAAAAUCCUACAAAAUUGCCUACAGUAAUGACGGAAAGUCGUGGGCCAUGUACAAGGUGAAAGGCACCAACGAAGAUGUGGUGUUCCGUGGAAAUGUGGAUAACAACACACCCUAUGCCAACUCGUUCACGCCCCCCAUCAAGGCUCAGUACGUCAGACUCUAUCCCCAAGUUUGUCGAAGGCACUGCACCUUGCGAAUGGAACUCCUUGGCUGUGAACUGUCUGGCUGCUCUGAGCCUCUGGGCAUGAAGUCGGGACACAUCCAGGACUAUCAGAUCACUGCGUCCAGCAUCUUCAAGACCCUCAACAUGGACAUGUUCAGCUGGGAGCCGAGGAAAGCCCGGCUGGACAAGCAGGGCAAAGUGAACGCCUGGACCUCCGGCCACAAUGACCAGUCACAGUGGUUGCAGGUGGAUCUUCUUGUCCCUACCAAAGUGACGGGCAUCAUUACACAAGGAGCAAAAGACUUUGGUCAUGUACAGUUUGUUGGCUCCUACAAACUGGCUUACAGCAAUGAUGGGGAGCACUGGACCGUGUACCAGGAUGAGAAGCAAAGAAAAGAUAAGGUUUUCCAGGGCAACUUUGACAAUGACACCCACAGAAAAAACGUCAUCAACCCUCCCAUCUACGCACGGCACAUAAGAAUCCUGCCUUGGUCCUGGUACGGAAGGAUCACCCUGCGGUCAGAGCUGCUGGGCUGCACGGAGGAGGAGUGAGGAGCCGCAUUCCACAGCCCCGUCCUCUCUGCCCCCCGCUGUCUCCAUGGAAGGAACUGUGCGACGUCUGUAGGAAACAGGAUGGCAGUUUGUUGUUGUUUUUCCUGAAAAAGUACUCAAAUAAUGGUAGGCCACUGUCUGUUUACGGGGGUCUAAGCCUGCCUUUUCAAGGUCAUUUGAUUUUUUUAUUCAAAUCGUAUUAAUUAUGACUCACUUUUCUCAUUGUCUGAAUUGUUCACAUUGGUUGAAAUAUACUAGAGAAAGUAGCCGUCUUCUGAUAGCAAAGGUAAGAGAUAUCUCACUGCUAUCAGAUAUGAGUUGAUGGAGCUUUCGCAGCCCAUAGUCACCAUUUAUUAUAAAGGAAUACUGCAGUGUUAGCAAUAAGUUUUUUUUGUUCUAUAAUGAUGCGACAUUAUCCUAAUUGUUUCCUAGUGCCUACCCAAUGCCAUCAGUGUUUAUGAAAGAUUUUUGAACCUGUAACGAAUUAUGAUAAUUCUCAUUUUAUUUUCAUUACUUUUAGAGACUUAGGACUUCUUGGUUUCACUCUGUUUUCUUUAUAUUUUGCCUGAAGAAGUCCGUAUUUUUUCCAAAAGAAAUUUCCCAUUAUCUGCCUAAAGAAGUAUCAUGCUUUAUUUAUGUAUGGAACAUGACUGGAUAGCAGUAGAUUGAUCUGUAUUUAAUAUUAGUAAAGUGAAUCUCCCAUUUAAUUUUAAGGGAAGUUAUAACUGUGCAACUUCCAAGUACUUUCUUUAUGAAGAAUCCCAUACUGUCAUUUAAAAGUAUUAUAUCCCUUCAGAUUUAAACCUUAGCUUUGAUGGCAUUUACAUAGUUAUAUUUACUUUAAAGUACUAACAUCAUGAAUUCUUUGUUCAGAGAUACUUCAGCAGACCACUAUUCACAUAGUGCACUAUGGCUUCUCCAAGCAUUCUCAUCACUUCUUGGCUCAUCUCCACAUUUCCCAUGAAAGUAAAAUUUUAUUGAGAUCUGAAACCAGUGCUUGUUUCCAGGAAGCAUACCGUAUAGGUUUUUGUUUGUUUGUUUGUUUGUUUUGGGGGGUACAAAGUAGAGGAUGUACUAAUGACAAAGUGUAAAACCAUUUUCAAGUCGAAAAUUGAUUUCUAAUUAUUUUGCUUCAAAGGUUCUGGGAAAAAAUAAGCAACUAUCUUAGCACUUUGUUAUUGUUAAUGGAGAUUUCAUUGACAUGUCUCUUGAAUUAAAACUCGCAUCGCCUCCAUAAAAAUCCUCUCAUCUAGUUUAUAGCUUUUAUAAGUAUUGAUUUUAUAAGGCUUAGACAAAGAGUUAUUGGAGUUUUAAAUUAAGGGUCCUGGAAAAGCAAGGAUGGUAUGUGUACGAAAUAAUAAGGUCCUGAGCAAAACUGCUAAGUUUUUCUUUUCCUUUUGUAUUUGUGCUGCAUAACAAAAGCCACUAGACUGUUCUGUCUUGUCUGUCCGCGUGUUCCCGGCGUUUCCUGGUGAUGUAUAUAUGGAGUGGUCUUCAACCAUAGCAGAGAAUUCAAGAGAAAGUCCAUCCCAUCGGGAUUGUUAAUAAAAGCAAAAUGGCCACAGGUUGGUUCCAUGCCCACAUGCUUUUGGCUUCAGCUUCUCUUCAUGAAAUUGUGAAGCCUCCGACCUGGUGAUCCGUUUUCUCCAUCAAAGCCAAAAUUGCUACGUUCUCACUAUUUCCUUAUUUAGGUAACUUUAAAACUGGGAAUCUGAGAUAUUCUUAAUUGGUUGAGGGUUAAAGCACACUAGAAAUGUAUCUACUCAUGGCCAGAAACAGAGGCCUACUUGCUGUCUGGCCAGUGCUCCUGACCUCUUUCAGGGUGCAGGGUCCCACUGUUCUAAGGCACUGUUCUUUACAGAUGACGCUCCAUCCUUCUGAUGAACUUAUCCUAGACGUUCUGAACAAUGCCUUCUUAGUGACUUAAUUUUUCCAAACUACUCAUGGUUUCAUAUGAGCCUUUCGGUUUUUCUCUAUUGAUAACUUUUAAAACAUAGAUUUCCAAGGGAGUCCGUGAAAAUCAUGGUUGUUGGCUUCUAGAAAGACAUUGAAAUGGUUUCCUCAUGCUUGUGCAUGUUGUGCUCUUCACAACAGCGUGAGCCCAGUGGGAUAUUCAUUUGUCCUGUGGUGUCAGGAAUGACAACACAGGAAUUCCCACACGUGGAAAUGCUGGUAAUUAUUGUGAAAUGAUACUGAGAAGUAGCAUGUUGUCAUUUGUGUCAAUGACCUCCAACUGAAGCAGAUUUGUUCUCCCUCAACACUCUACAACAAGAUCUCAAAGCAGAAAACACAAGUGAAUCAUCUAGUCUUCACUGUAUUAAGUAACAAUGUUAACCUUAUCAGUUAUGAAAUCAAAAUUUUAACCUUCCCAUUUAAUCUGUGUCCUGUUCGGAGCAUUUAUCAUCACCAGUAACUGUAAUUCUAGGGUUGACUUUCUCUUUCUGAAUGAGUUCCUAAAGACUGGUGUGAAUUUUGAAAAGUUGAGGCACUUAGGACUGUGUAUUCGCUAGUCAAUGAAUUAUGAAAUGUGAUACUCGAUGCUGGAGUCUGGCGUGUCAUUAGGGACACAAAUAACCUUUGCAAACAUUCAAGCUGUGUAAUAUUCCAGUGUUGUUUUUUUUUUUCUUUGUAUAUAUACUUAACUCACGUAGGAUGUUGUAAAAUCAGUAUGACUUUGUCUAGUCUUCAAACUUAAAAUAAACCUUUGAAAAUCUGGGAUACUUUGGAAGCGGUUAUAAUUAAACACAUUUGUAAGAAUAUAUACAUUGUCUGAAUGUAAAUGCCCACUUCUCUUCACCACAUGCUUGGCUUUGUUUUUUGUACGAGACAAUUAAACAGAUACAGAUAAAAAAGCAGAAAAUACAAUACUCUCCAAAUAUAUAUUGAUAUCAGCUAAGUUGGUCUAAGAUUAUUAAAACGUGUGCAUUCCUCCUACUCCUUGUUGUGGAAAUGUUCCUAGA